GGGUUAAAAAUUUGAGAGCAAAGUUAGUAUAGCAAAUCUAUAAAUAAAAUUUAAAGAAGUUAUUUAAUUAAUCUUUAAAAAUUAGAAUAUGUUAUUUAGUAUCAUGUUUUGAAGGUUUUCUAACCAAUUAAAACUCAAACCAGAGCGCAAAAAGCCUCUAUAAAAUAGAAAAGGGAAUAAUCAGUAAUCAUUUAAAAGGAUGAAAAUCUCUUUAUUAAACACAUAUUCUAUUGAAAAUAAAAAAAGCUCCAAAAUAUAGUUGAAGUAAAAAUAUAUUAGGAAAGUAAUAUAAGUAAUCCCAGGAUAUUUGAUUAAUUUUUCAUUAGAACAUAUAAACAAAGAAUAAAUUAAAAGUUCUUUACUUAAAUUCUUGUUCUAAAAAUCACAAUUAGACUUUAUUAAAAAAUAAAUAGUGACAAUAAUGUUUUUUUAUGGAACAUAAGAAUGA